AUCACCACUUUUUCCUUCGCCCCACCACUGCAACUUUCAACUCCCUCAACCCCACAAAACAGAAUGGCCGAAGCGAUGGCGGAACCAGCGGACGUCGGGAGCGUCACCGUGACGGUUCAGCAGCAGCAGCAGCAGCAGCAGCAGCAGCAGCAGCAGCAGCAGCAGGCCGAGGCAGGAACAGCACGGACCCCUUCCCAGCCGGGAGAAACCGCCGCCGGAGAAGAAGCGACUCCCGCGGCCGCGGUGCUGACCCUUCGGCUGCGGCCCAGGCCCAGCGUGACGUGGAGCGCGGACGUGAUAAACAACGAAGGGAUGGGCAAGAAGAGCUCGAAGCGUUGCUGCAUUUUUCACAAGAAGAGGAACUUCGACGAGAGCGACAGCGACGAGAGCGACUCGGACGCGGACGACGAGGAGCGUGAGCGGCGCUGGGCGCAGCCCAAGCCCGGGAGGCCAAAGGCGCACCAACUUUACCACGGAUGAAAGACAAGAGUCCAGCAAGCAGUAGUUUGGUGGCUUUCAGGCGCCCCCACUUUAUUACAGGAACCCAGCAGUAUUGGUGACUAGUACAGAUUCGGGCCAAUGGCGCACCAACUUUACCACGCGUCCAGCAGUAGCAUAUCGGUGGCUACAGGUUGCACGCAUUGCAGUGACAUCAAUUGCUUUUACCAAGGGUCGGUAUGGUAGUAGUAGCGGGCCUAGGCUGGUAGGCGUAAUUGGCCAUAAAGGUUUGGGUCCAUGUGUAGUAGUUCCGAGCCGGGCCGGGCGGCGGCGGCGGCGGCGGCGGC